GCUAAACCAUAACGUUUUAACAGUCAUCAAACCCUCAUAGUCUCAAAUCAACAUUAUGGGAAGACGCACCAGAAUCUUAAUCGCCGCCCCGGCCGCUAGUAAUUAUUAUCAAACCAAUCAAGUCCAGUGCCGCUCUAGUACUAGCACUGAGAUCAAUCAACCCAGCCCCUGGCCACCGUUAUAACAAAAUGAUCCAAAUGAACGGCAUGUGACGAGUGGUGCGGGCCCUUCGAAUCUUUUGAAUCAGCAUCUCGGCAAUCACCUGUUUGAUAUCCAUCAAUAAGUGAUGUCCCCAUUUCUUUCAUCGUGGAUUUGUACAACUCGGAACGUAAGUUUAGCGCCUUGAAUCGCACAUAAUAUAUAAUAGCUCACAGUGGUCAUCCAUUUCUCAUCAACGAAAUGUCUAAAGUUUCCAAGCUCGUGACAUCAUCCGACGGUUGCGAGAUCUUUGCUGAAGGCGCCGGCAACCUCGACGGUCCAACCAUUGUCUUGGUUCAUGGCUUAGGGUCAUCCACAGUCGUAUUCAAUAACCUUUUCAAAGACGAUCAGCUACUUUCCAAAGUUUAUCUUGUGAGGUAUGACAUGAGAAGUCAUGGCAGGAGCGGCAGACCUGCGAACCAGAGCGAUUAUUCCUCUCCGAACUUCGCCUCGGAUUUCAUGGCUGUGGUCGAGGGAUUUAACCGACAAAAUCCCUAUUUACUCGGCUGGAGUUUGGGAGGAACUGUUGUGACGGAUGUCUGCACCCACUGUCCCGCUGGCUAUGUAGCAGGCAUCAUCUACGUUUCCGCGCUCCCUUACAUCGGAGCGAUCAUGAUGGACUUGGGAAAAGAGUGCCUUAAAAACCUUCAUCCAAGACUUCUUACGCAAGACGCCGCGGAUGCGCUGAAAGCGAGGAUUGACUUUGUCGAUUCUACGAUCAAUGAUUGUAAUGCUUCGAACUGGGACGACCGGUUACUUUGGGUUGGAGCAUUCAGUCACCUGAAUGCCAAUGACGUGUUGAACGCCAUGUCACGGCAGCAAGAUCCGGAGCCGCUUUUUGCUGCGGGGAGGGGGGGAUUGAGAUUGCUUCAUCUAUAUGGAGAUGCUGAUCAACAAUUGGACAACGUGGUCGCCGAGGCACAAGUGAGCAAGCAUUUUAUUAACAAGAAAGUUGUUGUCAUCAAGGGUGGAGGUCACGCACUAUUUUACGAAUUCCAAGGCCAGGUUGUCGAGGAACUUUUGGCAUUUGUUACCAAGUAGAUUGCAUAUCACCGCUGCUAGCUAUGGACAGCCAAAAUGCCGUGCUGUGUUACUUAACACGUUGUACUUAUUACUGUGAUUAUACAUCUGGACUGGUCAUCAUUCACAAA